CUUAUCCUAUCCUUUUUCAUUACCUGAUCUUGUGCCAUUGAUGUUUUUGAUAGCGCUUUGACUAAAAUUAAAAUAAGUAGAGACGGAUUUUGGAUAUUUAUCGACGGGUUUAUCUGUAGCAAAUUAACUAUGUACUUUAUUGUGCUUUCUGUGACCAAAUAUGUACAGAAUUGAGAAACAAAUGAAGGAUCACCUCUAAACCUUCAAUUUGCCAUGAAAUCUGUAACAAGUCAAAAUUAAUAAAUUAUGGACUGUUGACAAAAAAAAUACCAAAAUAUUUGUACUGUUAAAUUAUACAACACCUAAUAUUGGGUAUAGAAAAAGCAUUACUCACUUUCUCAUUAAUAUUCUUUUCAUUUCUUAUAACAUAAAUAAAAAAGAACCUUAUCUUAUGUCUUCAGACAAAGGCACUCAUUAUUCCUUCAUUACAAACAAAGCAACAGCUGAAUCUUUUCUGCUCAAUCAUGCACUCAAAGAACAAUUCUUAACUAUAUAUAAGUUUAUGCUUAAGGCAUAGAAAAGCCUCUCAUUCUUUUUUCAUACAAGACUAAAACAAUGGCUGAUUCUCUUCUGCUCAACCUUGCUCAGACCGUUCUCGAAAAGUUAGCCUCUCAUGCACUCGAUGAAUUUUUCUUGGCAUGGGGACUCGAAAGCGAUCUUCAGCAAAUGAACAAGUCCUUAAAGGCCAUAACUGCUGUUCUUCUAGACGCCGAGCAGCACCAAUCACGCAACCACCGGAUACAAGUGUGGCUUGAGGACCUCAAAGAUGUCCUUUAUGACAUCGAAGAUGCCGUGGAUGAAUUCGAGUGUGAAGCAUCAAGAAGGGAAGUGGUGAAAGCUUCAGGGAAUACUGCCAGAAAGGUAAAACGUUUCUUCUCUAGCUCUAAUCCACUUGCAUUCCGCUUUAAAAUGGCCCAUAAACUAAAGAACCUUAGAGAAAGAAUAGCUGGAAUUGUUAAACUUAAGUCUGAUUUUGGUUUGACGGAAGGGGUCAACAGUUCGCAAGUCAUUCGAAGGGAGAGGAAAUUGACCUACUCCUUUGUGGAUGCUGCAACUGUUAUUGGGAGGGACAAAGAUAAAGAGAAGAUCAUAGACCACUUAUUGAAACCCGUCGAUGUUGAAAAUGUCUCCAUUCUUGCAAUCGUAGGUAUAGGAGGUUUAGGAAAGACUACACUUGCUAAGCUGGUGUACAGCGAUCAAAGGGUAAAGAGUCAUUUUGAGAUGAAGGUGUGGGCGUGUAUCUCCGACGACUUUGAUUUGCAAGAAGUUCUUAGAAAAAUUGUCAAGGAUGCCACAGGUCAAGAAUGUACAGGCUGGGACAUAGAAAAAUUGCAAGCAUUCUUGAGGGAGAUUAUUAACAAUAAAAAAUACUUGCUUAUCUUAGAUGAUGUGUGGAAUGAGGACCGUCGAAAAUGGAAUGAAUUGAGAGCUUUGUUGAUGGGAGGUGCCAACGGAAGUCGGAUUCUAGUCACGACAAGAAAAGAUAGUGUUGCCUCAGUUAUGGCUACUGUUCCACCUUACAAUUUAAAUAAUCUUUCUCAUAAGAAUUGUGUGUCUUUGUUUCUCAAAUGUGCAUUUAAAGACGCACGAGAUGUGGAACACUAUCCAAAUCUAGUGAAAAUGAGUGAAGAAAUUGUAAGAAAAUGCAAAGGAGUCCCUUUAGCAGUAGUCACAUUAGGAAAUUUGCUUUUUUCCAUCACCAGCGAGCAUGAAUGGAAAUCUAUAAGGGAUAGCGAAAUCUGGAAACUAGAGCAGAAUGAGGAUGAUAUAAUGCCUGCACAAAAAAUAAGUUAUGAGCAGUUGCCAUCUAACUUGAAAAGAUGCUUCGCAUACUGUUCAUUUUUUCCAAAAGAUUAUACAUGUGAUGAAUUUGAACUAAUUUAUUUUUGGAUGGCUCAUGGACUUCUUCAAUGUAAGAAUGAGAAUGAAGAGUUAGAAGAUGUUGGAUUGCGUUACUUUAAAGAGUUAUGUUCCAGAUCGUUUUUACAAGAUUUUGAUCUAUCUAUAGGUGUUACUUGUAAAAUGCAUGAUUUGAUGCAUGAUCUUGCAUUAUCAUUGACACAAAAAGAGUGCUCAAUUGUAACAUCAGCAACCCAACAAAUACCUGAAAAUGUUCGGCAUUUGUUAUUUCCUAACCCUAAUUCACUUCCUGAAAAUCUCCCUGUAAUCUUACAAGGUUUAGAUGGUGUACGAACCAUUAAACUUUUUCUGUCCUCUGGCUCUAUUAGCCAAUCGUUCAUCCAGACGAUGUAUUUGCCGAGAUUUCAAUUUCUGCGAUACUUGGAUUUGAGAAAGUCUGAAAUAGAGACGCUGCCGAAAGAUAUUGGUAUGUUAAAGCAUUUGAGACUUCUUGAUUUAUCUAUGUCUAAAAUAAGAAGACUUCCUAAUUCUGUUUGCAAGUUACAGAGCUUACAAUCUCUAUGGCUUUUUAAUUGUACUGGAAUUGAAGAGUUACCUGGUGACAUUAGAUUCUUCAUCAGCCUUAGAUCUUUGACAAUAACCACAAAGCAAAAGUGUUUGCCAAAUAAUGGAAUAGGCCGUUUAAAAUCUCUUCGAUUUCUGGGAAUUUUUAUAUGUGAAAAUAUAGAAUUCUUGUUUGAAGAUAUGCAGGGUCUCAAAAGCCUUCGAAAACUGCUGAUCACGGAAUGUCCAAGCUUAAAAAGUUUGCCGUGGAGUAUAAAGUACCUGACUUCGUUAGAGUAUCUUUUAAUCGGGAAUUGUGAGAACCUUGAUUUGGAAAUGGAGGAGGAAGAGGGCGACAAUCAAGCUCGAUUUUGCCGCCUUGAAACACUGAUGCUUGCAGGUCUACCAAAAUUGGUGGAAUUGCCAUGGUGGCUUCUCAAUAGUUCCACCACCACUCUUCAAUUCUUAGGUCUUGCACGCUUACCUAACAUGAAAGUGUUUCCUGCUUGCCUCACUGGUCUUCAAGAAAUACGUAUAAAAGAUUGUGAGUUGCUUAAAGAUGAUUUGUCCAAGAUUCCUCACGCCCCCAGAAUUACUAUAGAUGGCAAGGAGUUCAGCUACAACCCACAGGAAGGAACUAUCAGCCUGCGAUCCUGAAAAGAAGUUUAGUUAUCUAGUAUGGAUUGCAAAUGUUUCUUUUUUCAUUUGUGGUACCUUCAAUAAUGCAACUCUGUAAUGUUUGUUUGAUUGAUUGAGCCCUGUAAUGUUUCAUUAAUGGAUUUGUUUGAUAGAGCCCUAUAA